AGUCAGUCGCUCAGUCGGCCGCGCAGCUCGGUGCGCGACGUUCGUGCGCGGAGGGUUUCGUUUGCGUCCAUCACGACCUCGGCUCGACCUAGCCGCGAGUGCGAGCGGGACGGCACGUCGCAGAGAGAGGAAGCGGUGACAGAGUGAGACGCCGCUAUGGCAGUGUCGCAACCUCGCCCACCUGACCGUGUUGACGCCGCGGCCGCGCUCGAAAAAGUUGCGCCGUUGCGCUAUUUGGAGGCGCACGAAUGUGCCCGCUCCGAGCGUUCAGUGACGCGUUAUUAUCAUAAACCCUUGUCUUAAAAACAAUUUCUUGAGUUAUACGAAGUGAAUACAGCAGAAUAAGCAAGAUUUCAACACUUUUCAUCAAAAAUCAAUUGGUUGGAGUGUGAUGGGCGGCUGAGCAUCAUGAUGAAGCGCUCUGGUCCUCGUCUGGGGCCUGAUGAGCCCUCGCCGAUGCCCCCCAACCCUUCUCAGAUUCAACAGCCUGGGUCAAGCAACAUGCACACUUUGGCCCAGCAAUCGGCGCAACCACAGAUGUUAGGACCGACAACUAUGAUGUCUGUGGGUGGUGGCUUCGGUCGCGGCCCCGCACGCGCCGGUACGCCGGCCGUCCUCAACUAUUUGAAGAACAACGCGGUGCCGUACGCACCCAAACAACCGCCGAACGUACCGCCGAGGCUUAAGCUGGUGAGCCAGCAGCCUUUGCCCAUGCCGGGGCGCCAGUCCCCCGGCUGCGCGCCGCUGCCCCCGCCCGCCGGCCAGUUCCAGCGGCUGAAGGUGGAGGACGCGCUGUCGUACCUCGACCAGGUCAAGUACAAGUUCAACACCAUGCCGCAGGUGUACAACGACUUCCUCGACAUCAUGAAGGAGUUCAAGAGUCAGACUGUGGGUUACAGGAUCGACACGCCGGGGGUGAUCACCCGGGUAUCGAACCUGUUCAAAGGCCAUCCGGAACUGAUCGUCGGCUUCAACACGUUCCUGCCUCCCGGAUAUAAGAUUGAGGUGCAGAGUAACGGACAGGUGUCCGUCUCCAUGCCGUCGCCCACGACCGCGGCUUGCGCAGGCGUGGGUGGCGUGGGCGGCAUGGGCGCGGGCGUGGGCGGUGGGGGCGUCAUGAUGGGCGUCCACCACCCGCAGCCGCAGUCCCAGCUUGUGCACCUGCUGCCAGUGCCUCCGUCAGUCAGCACCGCUAUAGUGCACAAUCUGUCGGUGAACGCUGCACCGGCUAACACUCUUCACCACAUCUCACAGGCGCAUCAGCAGAUUGAGGCCGCUGCUAUACACCAUCCCCCAGGAAGCAUUGCGAAUACUGGGGGAGCUCACAACGCGACGGCGGGGCAGCCCGUGGAGUUCAACCACGCUAUCGAGUACGUCAACAAGAUAAAGUCCCGUUUCUCCCGCCAACCGGACAAGUACAAGAGAUUUUUGGAAAUCCUCCACGCGUACCAACGCGGCCACCGCGAAGUCAAAGAGCCACAGGCCAAGCAGCAGACUGAGCAAGAGGUCUACUCGCAGGUGGCGAAACUGUUUGAGAAUCAAGACGAUUUGCUGGCGGAGUUUGGGCAGUUCUUGCCUGACGCCAAGGCGGUGACGAAGCCCGCCCACCUGCCGCACACCAGGUCGCCGCCGCCGCCGCCGCCGCCCCGCGUGGAACGAGAGAGCGAGGCAGAGCGUUUCCCGAGCGCGUCGCCGCCGCAGGCGCCGCUCAUGGCGCACGCAACGCACUCUGCGCCCGCGCCCCACGCCAUACACCAUCAUGCGCAGCAAGUUGCUAAACACACGGCCACGAGUGUACAGCCGCCACAGCAUCAUCAUCUCAAGAGAUCGCCCAGCUUUGGAUCGUCCACGCCGAUCGCGUCAGGGGCGCCCCCCGCUAAGAAGCCCCGCUCGGUGGUGCCGUCCCCCGCGCCCGUGCCGCCCCCCUCGUCUCUCCGCGACGUGUCGUACGCGGACGCCGCAAAGCUGGCCACUGCGCACGAUUAUAAGUUCUUCGACCGCGCACGCAAGGAGUUGCGUCCACAACACGUCUAUGACAACUUUCUCAAAUGCCUGAUGCUGUUCACCAACGAGAUCAUAUCGUCGUCGGAGCUGCUGUGCGUGACGUCACCGUUCCUCUGCCGUCACCCCGAGCUGCAGAAAUGGCUGCAGGACUUUGUGGGGCCAGUGUCGCCGCCUCACACGCCAACCAACACACACCCAGGCUACAACAAUUUCGGCGGAUCGGUGAGCGCGCCGCCGCCGCCGCAGCUAAGCACCGAGCGGUCCCGACUGGGCACAGGCACGGUGGGCGAAACAAGAUAUGAACCGCUGCCGCCGAUGGCCGCCCAGUUACGCUACGACCGGCCCACAGGCGACACUGCCAUGGAUAUAGAUUUGACGACAUGCAAGCGGCUGGGCGCGUCAUACUGCGCGUUACCGCGUGACGCCGCCGCACGGCGGUGCUCUGGUCGCACGCCGCUCUGCAAGGAGGUCCUGAAUGAUAUGUGGGUGUCAAUACCAACUUGGAGCGAGGACUCUACCUUUGUGACGUCACGGAAGACUCAAUAUGAGGAGUACAUUUACAGGUGUGAAGAUGAACGAUUUGAGCUGGAUGUCGUAAUAGAAACCAACGCGGCAACCAUCCGCGUGCUGGAGGGCGUGCAGAAGAAGCUGUCGCGGAUGACCGCCGAGGACGCCACCAAGUACCGCCUGGACGAGUGCCUCGGCGGACACUCGCCCACCAUCCACCAGAGGGCGCUGCGGCGCAUCUACGGCGACAAGGUGGCGGUGGACAUCAUAGCCGGCCUCAAGAAGAACCCAGUGGUAGCCGUGCCGGUCGUCUUGAGGAGAUUGAAGGCCAAGGAGGAGGAAUGGAGGGAGGCACAGAAGGGCUUCAACAAGCAGUGGCGCGAGCAGAACGAGAAGUACUACCUGAAGUCGCUGGACCACCAGGGCAUCAACUUCAAGCAGAACGACCUGAAGGCUCUCCGCUCCAAGUGCUUGUUCAACGAGGUGGAGAGCGCGUACGCGGCGCGCCGGCCCGGCCCGCACCUCGUCGCCGACUACGGGCUCAGGAGCAGGCACGAAGCGAUCAAAAUCGUGCGCGACGCCGCCGAGCUGCUGAUCCACCACGCGCGGCGCCAGACCGGCAUACAGAAAGCGGAGAAGAGGAGGAUCAAGCAGCUGCUGCGACACUUCCUGCCGGACCUGUUCGCGCAUCCCAGGCAGCCGCUCUCUGACGACGAGAGAGACGAAGAAGAGAAGGAGGAACCAACAAGUCCAGGCAGCCCGAGCGCGGACCAGCCGCCCGAUGAGAAGAGCGGCUCUGUCAAACAGGAGAAACAAGAGUCAUCAGAAUCGGACAACGCGUCCGACAAGAUCAUCCGACACAACAAGAACGACAAGGAGAACAAGCCUAAGAACAACAACAACAGUGAAAGUAAAGAGAGCGCCAACUCAAUAAAGCGCAGCAGCAGCAACGAGGACGCCGUCGGCGUGAAGAUGGAGGUGAAGAGUGACGACAUCGAGGACGACUACAGGAACCAUCCGCCCAAUGAAGCCCGUUUCGUGUGCACGGACUCGUGGUACCUGUUCCUGCGGCUGCACGCGAUACUGUGCCAGCGGCUGGGCGCGGCGCGGCGGGCGGCGCUGGCGCUGGCGCGCGCCGAGGCCUGCGACAAGCAGCGCCCCGCCAGUGUAGCUGCCGCCUUGCGACUCAAGCCGAACAACCUGCCUGCGGACGCGUCGUCGCCGGCGGAGUACUACGGCGCGCUGCUGGAGCUGGUGCGCGGCGUGCUGGACGGGAACGUGGAGGCGAGCGCGUUCGAGGACGCGGCGCGCGAGAUGCUCGGCAUCCGCGCCUACCCCGCCUACACGCUGGACAAGCUGGUGUCCAUCGCCGUGCGCCAGCUGCAGCGCUGCGUGUCGGAGAGCUGGUCGGUGCGCGCGGCCGAGCUGGCGGCGCGCGGCGGCAUGCGCGGGCCCGCCUCGUACGUGCGUCGCGCGCUGCGGGCGCUGAGCCACUACACCACGUUCCUCGUCAAGCUGUAUGGUGGCGAGGAAGUGAAGACAACGUUCGAGUUGUUAGAAGCGGCGGCGGAAGGUCGCACGUCGCCGCACAACGACUCGAGGCUGUCGCCCACCAACCAGUCGCGCGGGCGUGAGACGAACGGCGAGGCGGUGUCGCGGCUGGCGGCGUGGUCGCUGUACGCGGAGCAGUACGCGCGGCCGGACGGCGCGGCGCCGGGCGCGCGCAACAAGCCCGUGUUCUUGCGGCGCAACGUGCGCCGCGCCCGCCGCGCGCCGCCGCAAGCCGCCGCGCCUGCACGACCACUCGGAGUGCACGCUCGCCAACACCAUCCGACUAGUCGCAUGCCGCCCUCAGCAGUUAUACCGCGCGGGCUGCCUGGCGGGCGCCAGAGCUUCGCACAAUCGGCUCUCGGCCGCGCGCCAGACGAGGUUCCGCGCGUGGCUGCAGCAGAACUCGCCGACCGCCACCUAGCUGACACGGAAGCACCCCGGCAGGGCGCCGAUGUGUUAGUUACCGUCUCUGGGAGAUACGCUGUCGCGAACGACUGAAUUCCUUGCAACACAAACAGUAGCAGCUUUCACUACUAAUGUUAGACCUCAAAUACACUACUCGCUUGGACGAAGUCCUGAAAUGAGUCCGGUAGUGCAGCUAGUCUUGGGUGUGAACCUCAUAUCGCUUUGAUCCUUUGACUCAGUAUAAACAAAGUUGUAUGAAGUGAGGCGAAGUUUGUGACUACACUAUUGUAUUCGUUUAACUACGCGAGUAGUGUAUUAGGGGUGUAAAGAUGGUAAAUGUCCGGUGUGACCGCUUUCUGAUUAUUUUGCGAAUAUAACUUACCAAUACUAUUUUUUUUUUUAUCCGGUGACAAGCUAGCACUUGCCUGGAAUGUCGCCAGAUUAUUGUUUAUACAUGCCGUCUAAGAUGCUAGCGUCAUUUUUCUGAAUUGCUUUAUAUGUGAUCUUUUGGUACUAAAGUAAGAGCGACUAUGUACCAUCAAGCGACGAACUUGUUACAUAAAAACUGAACAUAUGCGCUCUAAUGUCUUUGACUAUAUUGUCACUUAACAUCAAGUGAAAUGCAAUGUCUGCGUUAUUGAAAUACAUUUUUUGUAGUCAACGACUAAAUGUUUUAAUAUUUACCAUUUAAAUGCAAAUUAGUAAUGCGAAGUGUUUGUAAAAAUAUGUUCACACAUGAUGGUAAGUGAUGAUGCAAUCUCAGUUGGAAACGCGAGAAGUGCGAUAUUGAGACUGUUCUCAUCAAUGUACAUAAAUGGGUGCUUGGUGUAAACAGAAAAAUAAUUUUAAAUGUACUUAGGUACAGUCCUAAAAUCUGCUUUUUCCCUCCAAGCGAGUAACUAAAUUUCGUAAAAUAAUUUUAUGCCUAGUUAGAAGCGAAAGUAGCUGUCAUAUUUUUCGUAAUUUACAACACUUAUAUUCUGUCCUAUGUAUGUACAUGGGUGAUUAUUAUUUUUGAUAUACAUGCACGACUGUUUUAUGAUUUUUUACUUCCUGAAAUCUAAUUUAGUAAAAUGUUUUGAAAAUUCAUAUCAAAAAUCAUAUUUAUUUAAAAAGAAUUAUAUCGGAUUUAAUUUACAGCAUCUUACGUAAAUUAAUAAAUAAAUAUAUUUUUAUUAUGAAGUAAAUUAAAAUUCAUAUCUAAUGAAUUGAUUUUCUAUUGACAUUUUAAUGAAAUUUAUUAAUAAUUUUAAAUUCAUGUGGAAGAUAAUAAAUUUUAUUUGAAUGUUAUCUAUAUUUCGAUGCAAUUAUGUUUGAUCCAAGGUCUAAAGGUUAAAUAUAUUGUAAUAUAAUAUUCAUUUUGGAUUUUCAUUUGUGGUCAUUUCACUAUGAGAGUUUUUCUCCCAUCAAAUAUAUAGAUUUUAAUUUCACAUCUUUGACAAUUUAUAUAUAAAGUUUAUUCACAAAACAGUCGCGCUGGUAUUUAGAUAAGUUGGUCGCACAUUGCGGUAGGCGCCGUGAGGUUAAACGCAGCUCUACUUAGCGUAUACUGAGACGCAUGCUAACAUAGAAACAUACUUACUGUCCAUUUUGUAUCAUAUUACCAUUCAAAGUCUUAAAUAACACUAAAUGCAAAGUAAAAUGGACCAAAACUUCAUGCAAAGUUUUACAAGCCAGUGCUUAAUGAUGUACAACAUUAAAAUGUUGUCUAAAAGUCUGUUUUACAGUGCAGCAUAGCUAGUGUAGUGUAAAUGAAGUUGUCUACGUUUAUUUAUUAUUGUGUUUGUCUUUGUAGUAAGCAUACUACAAACUGUGUAUAAAUAUGAAUAGAAUGAAACUUUAGAAGCAUCAUUACAAUUUUAUGCGUCUUUGCAUACGCUCAAUCUUAAUUUAGUGCGGUUUGACUAGUAAUGUGCAAACAACUUUAUGAAUUUGUGUCUUUUUUAUCAAUAACAUGUAUUUAUAAUACACUCCGUUCGCCCCAAUUACAUUAGUAUGUAUAUUUUAUAUGUAUAAGAAUUUUUGUUCAUAAUAAAUACAUUUUUAAUAAAUUUAUAGUAUAUUAUGGUGUAAGUGAACUCAAUUUGAUUGAAGAUUUUUUUUUUUUUAUUAAUUUCAAGUUUGUUAAAUUUUCCUAUUUGAUUUUUUUUUUGCUAAUUUGUUAUUAAGUUGUAUGUUUGUUACAUGAAAUGUAACUUGCGUUGAAAAUUAUUUUGUAAAACUUGCUACAGCAUGUUUUAAUAUGCACUGGAUUUCUUUACCAAUAUUUUUUUUUCAUAAUCUCUACUGAAUAUGUUGUUAUAGUGCACAAGUGUGCUCGAACACAAGUGUAAUUUUUGUAAAUGUGUAAAAUAAUGUUUUUGUUUUGCUUUGUUUCGUAAGAGCCGUUAACAGUAUUUUGGCGGGAAAACGGAGUGUAUGAAUGGGAUCGGUCCUAUAAGGAAAUACAGGGUAUUAACUUGUAUAGUCUCGAAUAAAGAAUGGUCUUGUGAGGAUUUUUAUGAAUGUGCCGCUCAAAAUUUUGGACCGAUUUCAUCCAUGAUGGGCCGAGAGCUCGUGGAAAAUUUUGCGCAAGUGCUGUAUUAAAGAAGAUCACUUUGUAAUAGUUCUUCUGUACAAAUCUAGACUGAGGGAUAGAAAUAUAGCAUUUUUGGGAUUAUUUUGUUGAAACUGCUAAAGAUUGCAGGGAGACAAUUAAACACAUGAAAAAUAUUCUGCAUAUUUUUUUUUCAUCUAAUUUAUUAAGUUUUGGGGCUGGUACAUCUUGUAAUUUAAUAUUAAAGAAAUUUAAAUGCUUGUGAUCAUUAGAAUAUAGGUUCAUAUGCAAAAGAAUGUCUAGUUUCAGUAUUCUGGUGAAGUAAAGGAGAUAUAUUGCAAACUUUCUACUUUAUGAAGCACUUAAACGAAUUUCCCUACUGGCUCUUGUACCACAAUCUCUGGGCCACGUUUUAGGGGCCCAGUAUAGGGUCCGAUCGGACCCUAACUACAGGAUUAAUGCUUUUCAGAGAACCUAGAACCUUCCCUUUGUAAAUAUUGUAAACCCUCUGAAAUAAUUAAUCGCGUAGUGUAAAGAUCUCUCUUGUAAAAGUACAGUUGUAUAUAAUGAGUGACAGUGAUUCUGAAGAGUUUACUUGUUGAAGAACCAAUCUUGUUGAUUCGUAUAAAAAAUGAUGACUUGUCGAAAUGAAUAAAUAUUAUUAUAUUUAUAAUAAACAAAA